UAAACAGCCAUAUCUGUGCAGGACUGCCCUCCUCCAGCAGGUUAUGUUUAUUUUCCUCUCUCUCCCCGCUCUCUUCCUCUGACACACAUAAACACACACGCACACAUCCGUGGCUGUCUCCUUGUCUCAGCUGUGAUUAUCAACAGUGUUUCUCUACUCUGGACUAAAAGCAACUCUUUCCUGGACUGCUUGUGACUGGCACACCACACGGACCAUAAUGGCAACCCAUCUGGAUUACGAUCAUGACUACUACCACGGUCACGACAACAGUUCCAACCACAGUUACGAAGACGAAGAAUACUUCGCAGACUACCACACAGUUUGUGACAAACAAGAGGUCCGCUCCUUUGCCGGGGUCUUUCUUCCUGUGGUCUACACCAUAGUGCUGAUCCUCGGCCUGGCAGGGAAUUCGCUAGUCAUCUUCGUUUACCUUUCCCACAAGCGUUUACGGACACUGACGGACGUCUUCAUCCUCAACCUGGCCUUCGCAGACCUCCUGCUCCUCCUCACGCUGCCCUUCUGGGCCGCGGAUGCAGUGAACGGCUGGCAAAUCGGCACGGCCGCCUGCAAGCUCACCUCUGCCAUGUACACCACCAACUUUAGCUGUAGCAUGCUGUUGCUAGCCUGCAUUAGCAUCGACCGUUAUCGUGCGCUGGUGAGAGGUUCCACCACCGCCCAAGCCCCAACUAGGAAGAGCGCACAAAGGCAAAGGAUUAUAGUGUGCCUCAUAGUUUGGGCGUUGGCUAUUCUGCUUGGGUUGCCAGAUAUGGUGUUCUACACAGUUGUUCAAAACAACUCGGGGCGUCAUGCCUGCAGGGCGGUCUACCCGCACAACAUGGCACGGGCAGGUAAAGCCACCCUGGAAAUUGUGGAGGUGUGGCUAAGCUUUAUGCUUCCAUUCCUGGUGAUGAUGUUUUGUUACUGCAGAGUGGGUGUGGCGUUAAACCGGGCGGCUACAGCGGGAGUGCGGGGCGUGAAGAGAUGGAAGGCGUUCCGGGUGUUAAUCGCAGUAGUCGGGGUGUUUCUGUUGACCCAGCUUCCGUACAACGUUGUGAAACUGACCCGAGCUUUGGAUGUGAUCUACAUUUUUGUGACGGAAUGUGAGGUGAGCAAAAAUUUAGACCGGGCCAAUCAGAUCACAGAGAGUCUGGCUCUCACACAUUGCUGUCUGAAUCCAGUGCUUUAUGUCUUCAUUGGGUCGUCCUUCAAAACACACAUGUUGAAAAUCGCCAAACGCUGCGGCCAGACGGGAAGAGGAUAUCGUCAUGGCAACGAACAGCCCGCUGUUGAGAUUUCCCUUAGGUCUGAGGCACAAACUCACAAUCACUCUUCAUCCGGCAACGAAGACACGAGUACCUUCACUAUUUGACAGAGGCUAGAGUGCGAUCUUUGAGCAAGACUAACACAUUUAUUUCAGAAAAGAAAAUGUGUUUUAACUUUUGUCAACAGAUGUCGUGUGCACAGUUUGUAUGACUAAUGCAUUUAAAAGAAAAGGCUUUCUAUUAACUACAGUAUGACAUCUUUGAUCAGCCCUUGGCACUUUUUGAUACAUUUUAAGAUUAAAGCAUGCAAUUUAUCAAUAGGCCAACACAGAAUCUGUGCCUGCAUGCCAUUCACAAUGUUCUCCUGUGCCUUCCAUAUACUGUAUGUUCAUUAAAUACUUAGUUAUUAAUAUAUGAAUUCCACAGAAACCAGCUGAUUUUCUUCUGUUAUCUUUGGAAAAAAUGGGGAAAGGUGCACAGAUUCAGUUUGAGAGUAUUUAAUAGUGAUUAUAUUAAAACCACUUAUAGAAAGUGUUUAGUAAGAAUUUAUGUACGAAUUUUGCUGUUUGUCAACGGUUCCAUACUGUACAGCAAUAAUAUACAGUCAUGGAAAAAAUACGAGACCACUUCAAAAUUAUUCUGUUUUUCUUAAUUUGCUAUUUAUGGGUACGUGUUUAAGUAAAAUGUUAUUUAUUCUGUAAACUAGUAACAACAUUUUUUCCAAAUUCUAAAUAAAAAACAUUUUUUGCAUUUA